AUUUAAUUAAUACCUAAUCCUACUUAAUUUUGGUGUGAAAAUUUGCUCUCUAUAAAUUGCAAACUCUCAUUGGCUUUACAAUCACUCGCAUUCUUCUCUGUUUCUGCAUUUAUACUAAUUGCUAAUCGAUUUUCUUCAUUGAGAGAGAGAGAGAGAGAGAGAGAUAUGGAUAUUGAUCUAACCCCAAAGUUGUCAAAGCAAAUUUAUGGAGGAGAUGGUGGUUCUUAUCAUGCAUGGUGCCCUAAUGAGCUUCCAAUGUUGAAGGAAGGAAAUAUUGGCGCUGCUAAAAUUGCUCUUACGAAGAAUGGAUUUGCUUUGCCUCGUUACUCUGAUUCUGCUAAGGUUGCCUAUGUUCUUCAAGGUUGUGGAGUUGCUGGAAUUGUUCUUCCAGAGAAAGAAGAGAAGGUGAUAGCCAUUAAGAAGGGUGAUGCUAUUGCCCUCCCUUUUGGUGUUGUAACAUGGUGGUACAACAAAGACGACACUGAGCUUGUGGUCCUCUUCCUUGGUGAUACGAAAACUGCACACAAGGCUGGUUCUUUCACUGACAUGUACUUGACCGGCUCCAAUGGAAUUUUCACUGGUUUCUCAACUGAGUUUGUUAGCAGGGCAUGGGAUGUAGAAGAGAGUGUAGCUAAGACUCUAGUUAGCUCUCAGACUGCUAAGGGCAUCGUGAAGCUGGAUGCAGGCUUCCAAAUGCCCGAGCCUAAGCAUGCCAACAGGGAUGGCAUGGUUCUCAACUGUGAGGAAGCCCCAUUAGAUGUCGAUAUCAAGGGUGGUGGAAAGGUGGUUGUUUUGAAUACCAAGAACUUGCCAUUGGUUGGCGAAGUUGGACUUGGUGCUGAUCUAGUUAGGCUGCAUGGAAGUGCUAUGUGCUCUCCUGGUUUUUCAUGUGACUCAGCCCUUCAGGUUACCUACAUUGUUAGAGGCUCUGGACGAGUUCAGGUUGUUGGCCCUGAUGGUAAGCGUGUUCUUGAAGCACACCUCAAAGCUGGUAAUCUGUUCAUUGUUCCCAGGUUCUGUGUUGUCUCGAAAAUUGGUGAUCCCGAUGGCAUGGAUUGGUUCUCCAUAAUAACUACCCCCAAUCCAAUGUUCACUCACUUGGCUGGAAAGACUUCAACAUGGAAGGCUCUAUCUCCACAACUGUUGCAGGCUGCUUUCAAGGUUUCACCAGAUGUAGAGAAGCUAUUCAGCUCCAAGAGAACUGCAGAAGAGAUUUUCUUCCCACCACCAAAUUGAUCCAUCAUCGAGUAGUAUAGAGGUUAUGGAAUUGAUGGCUACUGUUUUAGAUUUCCUUAUGUUAUGUUGAGAACAAGUAUAUUUGCUUAAUAUCAGUUUAAUUGCUCUUUUGUUUGGUUGCCUUUGAUGAUGGAAGAGACUCAAAUUUGCAAGUGGAAACUUCCCUUGAUGAGCAAAUCGUAGUUGAUAAAUAAAGUAUCGGAAUAUAUCAAUUGACAUUAUGUAACUAUGAAAAAUGAUACAAUCUAUCCAAAUAUUAUAUUCAUCGUAACAACCCUUCAAAAAAGGUGUUAAAACUCUCGUAGGCAUACAAACUCACGUCUAAUUAAUGAUUGUAGGUUCCUGCUGCGUGAAGAAAACAAAGUAGUAGCAUUGGCAACACCUUUUGUUCAAAAAAUGUACUCCAUUUGUAAUUUGUAAUUGGAUUUAUCAUUUCUUUUAUUAAAUUA